GGCAUUGACUAUACUGCGCUCGGCAAACAUGCAUCGCUGUACAAAAAUAUACCCGUACAUGAAAGCUAGUGUAGUUUGUAUUCUGCUAUCUAGACUUGUGGGCAUGGUGCCAAGGCACGAACCAUGUGAACCACAAAAAUCGUGGAAUCCCGACUAGUCUUUCUAUCCAGCUGUUCACCAAGCUACCAAAACCUCACUAUCGUCUGAUACUUGCUGAAACCUGGCGCAGCUCACUUCCUCCAAGAUCAUGAGCCUAGUUCGGAUUUGCCACAGCCGUCCCCCCUCAUGGCUGUGGUGGCUGGUAUUCUGUGCCUGUUUUCUACAGUCUACGUCACUGCCUGUUUCAAAUCAAAAUGAACCAAGUGAUGAAGACAAAAGAUGUUUUUCCACAUUUGGCUCCAAAUACGUAUAUGAGGAGGUACAGGGGGUGUGUGUCCCAUGCCGCACCUGCGAGUGUGGUUACAUUGCAACGAAUCCACACUGCGUGAAGUGCGUAGAUUUUGGAAUUCUGAACUGCCAGACCACUGCUCUGGUCACUAGUACUCCACAGCAGGAAAGAAAGGAAACCAGUCAAUCCCCACAGACAUCUAUGGAGACAACGAUUGAGCCAACAUCGACAGGGUCGACCACUGUCAUGGCAACAACACUGCCAACAACCACUGCCGAGACCAACGAGGGCAACUCAACCUGGGAGAUUGUAGUAGGAGUGAGCGUUGGAGGUACCAUUCUUGGGAUUGCAGUCCUGUAUGCAGUGUUGAAAUGUUGUCGCUGUAAAAAAGCACCCGGGGGUACACAAGAAACACAGCCCCCAGAGGAGACUCAUCCGAUGACAGGCCGCCCUCAGGAAUCAUCUGUCUAGGUUUGAUCAAAUCUGUCUCAACUGUACUAAGAUGAGGAAGACAGCGUGGGAUACCACCCAACUUUCUGCCAAAUUACGUACUGUAAAAAUAAGUUGACAGUUUUAACAAAGGGAUUAUGGUGGACAAAAUAUUGUGAAUAAAAUAAGAAAAGUUAAUGUUCCUUCAAUUCAUUGUGCAGCUGUGCGCCAAACAACUCAGUAAAUCAUUAGAAACAAAAUACCAAAAUAAAAAGCUUGCUUGGAUUUUACACAGUUUAUGCAUACCUGGAAGUUGACAUAAUUCUUUAUGAUGUUAACAGUUUUUGGUUCUUGGUAAAUGCCUGUCUUACUGAAGCAUGUACAUGUAGGUCUAGAAUUCAUGCGCAGUAGAUAUAGAUUGCGCAAUGUUCAUGUUUCUGUUACAAGUGUAGUAGGCUCUAAUAACACCUAGCCACUAUCACAGCAUUGUGCUUAAAAAGCACAGUGCAGCGAUAUAUGCCUACCUGAAGGUAAAAAGGAAUAAUGCUUGAAAUUAGGGUUGUCCUGAAUAUUUCGAAUAUUCGAUCAUCGACUGAAUAUUCGAAUAGCUUUUUGCCACUUAUUUAUGAAUAUUUG